AUGGGUAAAAAACAACACCAGAAAGAUAAAAUGUACCUAACGUACACCGAAUGGUCCGAGUUUUAUGGUGGCCACAAACCGGAUUCUGUUGAAAAUGAGCAGAUUAAAUUCAAACGGCUACCUUUCGACCAUUGCUGUGUUUCGUUGGUCCCAUUCGAACAUCCGUACAGCGACAAGGAAGGCAACGUGUUCGAAUUGUCGGCGAUUGUUGAGUUUCUGAAGCGCUUCAAAGUAAAUCCGGUCACUGGCGCUCCGCUCGAUGGGCGGGAACUGAUUAAGCUGAACUUUACCAAGAACCACGAAGAUCAGUUCCACUGCCCGACGCUGUUCAAACCAUUUACCAAAAACUCGCACAUCGUAGCAAACGGUAAGACCGGAAACGUGUUUUCAUACGAAGCGAUCGAACAGGAGGUCGAUGAACAGUUGGCCAAAGAACGGGCGGAAGAGCUGGAACGGGUGAAGCAGGAAGCGGAAGAGAAGCGCAACAAAGGCUCUAACAGUGCCUCUGGGCAAAAGCGUGGUCAACCUUUGAAAGUAUUCCGGACGGGCGUGGGGAAGUAUCUAGACACGGGCAUAACGAAGAACCCUGCUUCAGUGUCCAACGGUGAGAAACCGGGUAGCAGUGGACUGGGUCCUGUGGAAGCAAAACGGCUUAAAAAAAUUACCGCAGGAACCAGUGGGUCGAAUGGUUUUGGUAAUUUCAGUUCCUGGUAA